AUGUCCGAGAAACAAAAACUCAGCGAACUACCAAUUGAACUGCUCGAGAAAGUGGGUCAUAAACCGGGAGAAGUGAUCGGCAAGACACUUCAAACUGAUGUGCUUGCAAAUGCUCGUAGAGCAGCAGAGGCACACAGGCGUGUUCGUUACCACCUGCAAAAUAAUCUGCGACCUGGGAUGACGCUUAGUGAGAUCUGCAGUUUGGUCGAAAAUUCAACGACCACUCUUCUCAAGGGCGAGUUGAACGAUGGCUUGGGAUUUCCGACGGGCGUGUCUCUGAAUGAUUGUGCGGCGCAUUACAGCGUGAAUCCUGGUGACGAGGAGAUCUUUCUCAAGGAAACAGACGUGCUAAAGGUAGAUUUUGGAACGCAUGUGAAUGGUGUGAUAAUGGACUCGGCUUUUACUGUGACAUGGGAUCCAAAAAUGAACAAGUUGCUUGAAGCGUCCAAGGAGGCUACCGAGAAGGGCAUCAAGACGAUGGGCGUGGAUGUAUGUGUGGGUGAAAUAGGAAGAGAAAUAUCGGAGGUUAUCAAUAGCUACGAAUUGAUGCUGGAUGGUAAACGAGUUCCGAUCAAACCGGUAAUGAAUUUGAAUGGUCACUCGAUAAAACCGUACAAAAUUCAUGGCGGUGUGUCGAUUCCGCUGGUGGAAAAUGACGAUCCAGAUCGGCUCGAAGCCGAUGGUUUCUACGCGCUGGAGACAUUUGCCACCACUGGAAACGGGAUGGUGAAGGACGGUCCAAAUUGCUCGCACUUCAUGCUCACAAAUCCUAAUAAGUUUAUGGUAAGCAAUCCAAAGAAUGUAAAGGUCCUUCAAAUCAUCAAAAAGCACAUAAAAACGUUGCCUUUUUCUGCCAGGUUUAUCGACCGACACUACGAUUUCAAAACAUCCUCUCUGAUAUCGCUCAAGAACCUUGCCAUGCUGGGCUUGCUCGAGCCUUACCCGCCGUUGCACGAUAUCAAAGGCUCAUUUGUGAGUCAAUUUGAGCACACCGUGUACCUAAAUGAGGAAACAAAGGAAAUACUCACACGGGGUGAGGAUUAUUAAC